AUGGACCUGAGGAGGGGACCAUGGACUCUUGAUGAGGACCUUACCCUCGUGAACUACAUCUCCACCAACGGCGAGGGCCGUUGGAAUGCCCUCGCCCGCUGCGCCGGUAAGCACCCUCUCUCUCUCUCUCUCUCUCUCCCCAGAAGGGUUGAUCUAAUUCAAGGUGACAUCCUGAGCUUGCAGGUCUGAAGCGGACGGGGAAGAGCUGCCGGCUCCGCUGGCUCAACUAUCUCCGCCCCGACGUCCGCCGCGGCAACAUCACCCCGGAGGAGCAACUACUAAUUCUCGAACUCCACCGCCGCUGGGGCAAUAGGUCCUCCCACGUCCUAAUUACAACAUGAGGCGGAUGAACACAUGGAUAUAUUCUAAAUCUUUGAUUAUGUUUAUAUUCUUCACAGCUUCAAAAUUGACGUAGGCCGUCUUAUCAUCUCAGUUUAAUCAUAAGACUUUUCUUCAUGAUCAAUCGAUCUCGAGGUGGAUCAGGUGGUCGAAGAUAGCUCGGCAUCUGCCUGGGAGGACCGACAACGAGAUAAAGAACUACUGGAGGACGAGGGUGCAGAAGCACGCCAGGCAGCUCCGGUGCGACGUCAACAGCGAGCAAUUCAGGCACGUCAUGGUGCAGCCGUGGACGCCACGGCUGACGGAGAGGAUCGGCGGCGCCGUCGCCGCUGCCGCCGGCACGGGCGCCCCCUCCGCCGUAGGGAUCGGCCGCUUCGGCACGGACGACUCGUCUACCGCCGGGUUUCCCUCAAACUCGCUGCCGAGGCUUCCGCCGCCGUUGUCGCCUUCGGCAGCCGUCUUCGAACAGGCGAAGUUCUGCGUCGUCGGCGGUGGCGCCGACGGCGGGUGUGGAGAUGAGUGCUUCAACCAGGUGCUCGCGGGCUGUGACCUCUCGCCAGAGGGUCCGUGGGAGGACGGCGGCGACAUCUGGCUCUCGCACUAG